AUGGUAGAGCAGCGGCCAGUGAAGCAGUCUCUCAGCAAGUCCCUGUGCCGUGAGUCCCACUGGAAAUGCCUGCUGCUGUCCCUCCUCAUGUAUGGCUGCAUGGGAGCCAUGACCUGGUGCCAUGUCACCAAGGUGACCCGGCUGACCUUCGACAGCGCUUACAAGGGCAAGUCCAUGAUGUACCAUGACAGCCCCUGUUCCAAUGGCUAUGUCUACAUCCCCUUGGCUUUCCUAGUGAUGCUCUACGUGGUGUACCUGGUGGAGUGCUGGCACUGCUACACACGCAAUGAGCUGCAGUACAAAGUAGAUGUGGAGAGCGUGCAUGAACGUGUGCAGCGGAUGCAGCAGGCGACCCCCUGCAUCUGGUGGAAGGCCAUCAGCUACCACUACGUCCGUAGGACCCGGCAGGUUACCCGCUACCGCAACGGGGAUGCCUACACCACCACCCAAGUGUACCAUGAGCGGGUCAACACCCACGUGGCAGAGGCUGAGUUUGAUUAUUCCAACUGUGGAGUUAAGGACAUCUCCAAGGACCUCAUUGACCUGGAGAGCUACCCAGCCACACGGCUCCGCUUUACCAAGUGUUUCAGCUUUGCCAAUGUGGAGUCUGAGAACUCCUAUCUGACCCAGCGAGCCCGCUUCUUCACAGAGAACGAGGGCCUAGACGACUACAUGGAGGCCAGGGAGGGGAUGCAUCUCAAAAAUGUGGACUUCAAGGAAUACAUGGUGGCCUUUUCUGACCCAGACAACCUGCCUUGGUACGUAUCUCACUAUGUCUUCUGGGUGGCAGCUUUGCUGACCCUAUCCUGGCCUCUGCGCGUACUAAAUGAGUACCGCACCUCCUAUGUCCAUUACCAUGUGGAAAAACUCUUUGGGUUCGACUAUGUGGCAGUGACACCGGCUGAGGAGCGGUCCUUCUGCCGGAGGAUGCCCCGUGUCAACACAGUGGACAGCACCGAGUUGGAAUGGCACAUACGAUCCAACCAGCAGCUGGUGCCCAGUUACUCAGAAGCAGUCCUGAUGGACUUGGUGGGGCUCUCCGGCUGCACCAACUACUCUGCUUGCCGCUACGGGGGCUACCGGCAGAACUGUGAGCGGUGCCACAGGACUAUAAGCAGCUCCUCCAUCUUUUCCCGCAGUGCUCUGAGCAUCUGCAAUGGCAGCCCCAGGAUUCCCUUCAGCAGCAGCCGCUUCUCCUUGGGCCGCUUGUAUGGCUCACGACGCAGCUGCCUCUGGCAGAGCCGGAGUGGCAGCCUGAACGAGCAGAGCUGCCCUACUGAGCAGACACGCCUCUCCAGCCAGGUGACUGUGGAGGAGGAAGACCCCCCUCCUUAUCAGGAUGCCCUCUACUUUCCUGUCCUCAUUGUACACCGUAAUGAAGGCUGCCUGAACCACGACCACCGUCAUCUCCAUCGCAAUGGGUCCUGCGUGGAAACCUCACUGUGAAAGCAGAAGGCGGUGAGAUCUCAUUGUCUGUUGUCUGGCCCAAGACAGCACAGGAUUUGGGGAGAGGAGCACAAGGGGGAAAGCCUAGGAGGACAUCAGGAUGGAGUGGGCAUGGCAUCCUGCUCUGGCAGCCAGCAAAAUCUUCCCCUGCUGUGGUUCUGACCUCCCAGAGGGGUGAAUACUGAUGCUCCCCCUGACAUGGCACAGAACUCUAGACCAAUCACCACAUGCAAAAAAGAAAAAAAAAUUCAGCCAAACCAACAGCAAAACCAUAAUUCACGGUAUUGAGACCCAGAGAGGGGAAUAAAACGACAGGCCUGAUGCAGGCAGGGGGUGGCUUUGGCUCCCAGCCAAAUUAGCUCCAGGCUGGCAUGUGCUCCAAGGAACCAGCAGCUACCAAAAACCACCCUGAUGCACCUCUUCUCACCCUGCUUCCCAUACUGGAGUGAGACUGCUCACAGGGUGGAGGAGAACAAGCCCCUGGGAGCAGGGUGUUGCUGCCUGUGACAGAAGGUUAUGGGUACCUAGGCACAUAGUGCUGAGUGGCAGGUUAGAGCAAAGGCUGAAAUCCAUGAGUCCACCUCUUCCCCUUCCCCCUUGACCAUUCCCCACCCUCCCCACUUAUUUUUUUAGACCAUGCUCCGACUGUUACUUUGUUCUCACUGCUGGGAAUGGCAUUGCCUCCAGAGGAUCCCAGGCUCAGCUCCUUAGGAAGCUUCAGUGUGCCAGCUGUGAGUCAGCAUCUGCUUGGUAAAGAGUUUUCUGUUUGGGCAUGCAGCACCAGGGAAGGGAUGAAUGUGCAAAUCCAGAUGGAGCAGAGAUCUGCAGUGCUACUGAUGUGUUUGCUGAAGGAGAACUCAGCUGGAAAGAGAAAAUGGGAGGCCCCUGGUGAGCUGGGGAAGGGGAAGAGGAUGGCACUGGGACAGACAUCAUGGUAUCAGGUGGCGCGUGAAGUGGCUGGGGACCUUCCUGGCUUUGAAGUGAGUCCUAAUUGGCUCAGCAUCAAGGAAAUCUCUGAUAGGUUCAGCUGCAGUUCACCUAUUGAUAAUGGAGCAGCAGGUUGGUGCAUGUCUGCACAAGUGAAUUUUGCAUGAGAUUCAGCUGGGCUCUGGCUGUGGGCUCUGAGCUGCAGGCUCCUGGAAGCCUCAUUUAGGCACAGAGCUCUGAGGGGAUAGGAGGGACAAAUGCAAAAGCAUGCUGAAACAUUAGGAACUUUGGCUGGAGAAAGGAGGAUCAAAAGGAUUCUGUUUCUGUGGGGCCCCACUAUUGGUGCCGGACCAGUGCAGGAGGCAUAUGCCAGGAGGGAUGCUCUGCAGAACAGAGACGAGGAAUGCGUUAGAGGAGAACCUGAUUUAAACUAAAUGUUUUCAAUGGCAGAGGUGUUUGGAGGGAGGUAUAAGGCUGUGAGAAGUGAGGUCACUUCUGUGUAGCUCAUUAGCUACUGGGUUUUUCUGCCUUGCUCUUGUCAGGGCAGGUUGCACUGAGUUUUGUGCUACCCCUUCUACCCUGCUGGAAAGGAUCUCAGUGAUACUGGGCAAGGAUCGUUCAUGUCACUGAAGCUGCAACAGUGUUUGCAGCAUGCAGACACCCACCUUUUCCACUUCCAGCAACACAUCCUCAGAUCUCUUUUCUUCUCAGAAAAGCUGUCUCCUUUUCAGUCAGCCCUUCGGGGAGUACAUGCCUAAUCAGCCAGUGAUUUCUGGCUUCAUGAGUCCACUUGAGUCCAGACAGCACUACUUCUCAGCUUCACCCUCCUUCCCUCAUCAGCUGUGGUGAAAAAAAUCUAAGAACAGCACAUCUUGGGUGACAAGGACAAAUCCACUGGCACCUGGGCAUUUGUGCUUGGUGUCUGACUCCCCAUCUGCUGCAGAAGGUCAGAGAGUGAGGUAUUGUAUUUAGUCCAGCCAUCUUCCUCCUGACAGGUAUAAAUGAGGGGUCUGUCUGUCUCUCUCAUUGUGCUGAUGUACUGCUUUGCCUCCCAGGUCUUGAGGAGGCUGCAAAUAUACCCAUGUACCACAUUGAUCCUCUUUUGAAAGUCAUCUCCUGCUGGCAAGCCUGUAGUGGUCAGCACCUGUUGACAUUUCAUUUCCCCCAGAGCAAUCUGUUCUGCUCUUUAUGCCCUGCAUAUCUCGUUUAGUGUCUCUUGCCCUUCGAGUCAGCUUGUCAUCCUGUGUCUUGGGUGCUAGAAUACAAACAACAGUGCUUUGAACAGGAAAUUUUUUUUAAAUCUCACUCUGUUUAUGAUUCUGUCUUAGCAUCUGCCCUUACUUUCACUACCAGAGCUAGAUGCUGGCUUAAGGAAGAGAGUAUGUUGGAGGACAGAGAAGCAUAAGGUCUCUGGUAUAGGCACAUCCCUCUGCAUUUUGUUCUGUUAUUUUUGGCAUAGAUUCAGACUGGACGAAACCAGCCUUGGGAUUUCCUUGCUUAAUAAUGACAUUUGGUUUGCUGUGCACUAGUGCUUCUCUCUUCAAGGGCUUAUUGUAAGCCAAGGCCAAUGUGGAGUGUCCUCCUGACUCCAGGGAGAUAAUGGUGUGUGCUUGUAUGUUGGAGUGAAUUGAGACAGUGGAGCUGCAAUGGGUCAUUAGUGAGGAAUGAGAUUCCUGCUUGUCCUUCCUGACAUGUUCUCUUUGAAAUCUCCUGCACAUUGCUUAAAUUAGGCAGUAAUGGCUCAUAUUUCUAUCUCCAGUCUCCAAGGUGCCUUGGACAGAUGGAUUUAUCUAAGUUUUGGCAGGCCUUUUAGCUUCCUGGGGCACAGACAGUCUUCCAACAGGGGCAGAUUAGUAGGGUCUCUGUGCCCCCCAGCUUUUGGCACCUGCAGCAGAGUUUCAGACACCUGUCCUCAGCUCUUUCUGGAGCUUUCCUUGAGAAUGCCUUGCAUUCUUCCUCUAGCCCCAUUUUCACCUAUGAAAUCCUACUAUGGAGGUGGUCUAUCCAGGUGGACAGGUGAUCUUCUAUCCAGAUGAUCUUUGAGGCAUGGCUGCUCUUCUGACCCACAGGACACAUACAGUCUUUCUGUUACUGAACACCUUCCCCAUGUACAUGGUGCCAGCUGCAGCCAGGUCCCAGCUGUAGUCCCAGUGCUACUGUCUGUGGCUGGUCUAGACCCACAGUACCCUGAGAAGUGGGACCUCUCUAGUCAGUGUUCCCCACUGCAUGCCAGGAUUUCUCACAGAUCCCAUCCCUCAUAUUCUUGGCCCUGCUACCCAAAUGCGCCUGGUAGAACUUGCUCCCCUGGUUCAUCCUAUUCCAUUCUCCCAAGGGUGGAGACAUGCCUCAAGUUCAGAAAAGGGGGAUGGUGCACUUGGACAUGGUAGGGCAGCAGGACUGGGCAACACGGACAGGAGCUGCCUUGUGGCUUGACAGAGAAGUAUGGUGGAGCUGAAGAUGAGAAACUGGAACUGGAUUUCAUCUUGGCAUGUCUAGUCAGUCAGGAAAGUUCAGAGCAGAAAACUGGGCUCUUCUUUCCAUCUCCUGGCAUGGGAUACUGUCAGCAAAGAGGGUUUCCUCCUGAGUGUUGGUGAGAGACCACAGUGCCCUGGGCCAAGGACGACUGCUGUAACUCUCCUUAUGUCUCAGAUUACGAGCGCCAGAUACCUAGAGAUGGCCUGUCCCUGUUCUGGCACAUGGCCAGAACAUGGUGGAGUAGUCCCAUCUUCUGGCACAUACACAUCACCCACCACAGCUCUGGGCUGUGCAGCAGUCAGGUGUCUGCUCUUCCUGAGACUUGUGUCUGCUCUCUGCCUAUCUGUCUUGGCGAUGAUGAUUCCUUUGGCAGGUCAUUUGAUGGCCCAAUCUGCUCCUCUCAGGAUAACCUUCUCCCUUAUACCUGAGUUCUUCCUGCUGUAUCUUAAUCCCAUUACUUCUCCUCUGUUGACUGGUGAGUCUAAUUGGUUCUGUUCUUUUUUCUCAUAGCCUUCCUGACACAAGUAGGCCUGUUUUCUAUAGCCUUCUCUUCCACCAGUCCCAAAGUCUUGACCUCACUUGCCAGACCGUGGCUUGAGUGGUGUUGCAGAAGUUUUCACUGUGUAGCAAGUAUGUCACUCUUGCUCUAAGCCUAGCCUGGGAAAGAGGGCCAAAGAUGCAAACAGUGCCUUGAUCUGUCAGGGUGGCUGUGUCCCCGUUUCUGGUGCAGAUCUCUUCAAAGUGAGCGGAGUAUACAGCUGGCUGCUUACACAAGGAAAGCAGUACAGUACGCAUCACCCUCUGGGAAGAUCAAAGCUGGGUUCUUGUCAGUGUAAUGGGGGCAAUAACUAGAAGGAUCUCUGCAGUCGGAUGGCUUUGGUUUUAAUCAUACAUGAUUCAAACAUUGCAGUUUUCCAUGGGCUGAGAGUCAGGCUCAGUAUUGCACUUAGCAGCAGACUUUCCUCAUACACCAGAAGGAGGGAGGCAGGAAUGCUACCAGCUCCUCUUUGUGGCCCUUCAUGCCCUAAUACAACCCAGAAGAGGGCUAGUCAUUAUUGCUGCAAGGCUGGAGAAUUAGUUUGAGCUAUUUGGUGUUUCCCAUUGCUGUCAAUGUACUUGUCAGAUACUUAAAAGCUCUCCAGCUUUUCUGAACUGGAGAAAAAGAGAGAGAGAAGUGUGUGAGAAGCUCUGGAUUAGCUGAUCAUCAAGACACAUCACCAGACAUUUAUCUAUCUUUCAGCACAGUGUAAGCUUCCCACAUAGUGUCUAGCACCUCGCUUGUGCAGAACCAGUCGAUGACACCAACGAGCCAAGUGGUAUUUCUUUGAGCCCUCUGUGUGUCAUGUCUCACUCCACACCAAGAAGAGAGGUUUCAAAGAGGGCUCUCAGGGUAAACAGCUGUAGGGGCGUUCAUUAGGAUGGGGAGAUGGAAUCUGAGCCUAUGGCCAAGGCCAGGCCUUCCAGGCAAAUAUACAUUAUUAAGGCUGGGGAAGUAGCUGUUCAUCUAUUGUUGAACAAAUGCACCCCACUUCCUUUCUCCCAUAAAUUGCACAUUAGAGAUCCAUCUGGUCCAUGCCCUCUUUGUUGUCUCUUCACUCAAGAGGCUGCAGAGUUGUUUAACAACUGAUGGAUGCCCAUGCAGGAAAAGAUUUAUUAAGUGGAAGUUUAAGAAAGUUAGGUAGCAUCCGAUGCCAGUAAAACAGCACCUGCUGAUUUGCAGGUGGGAUGAAUAAUGCCUUUUAAGCUCUUCUUCCAGCCUUUCCAACUACAGCUUCGGUACUGCUAUCUCAUGUCACCAGGGUGCUGCCAUUAUCGGGGUACAAACUUGGCUGCAGUGCGCUCCUACUCUGCUGCAGUCACUGUAGGGGCUGGGUCUGAAAUACUACACCACCACCAAGACGGUGUGUUACCAAAGAGCUGUAAGUCUCAAGUUGGGAUAUGUCCUUCUGAUCAUGUUUCAUUCAUAUUGAGUGGUUAGAAUAAAGUCUAUAGGAAUAUGAUCUGGAUCCAGGUAAUGUCAGAAAUGAAACACAGUGAUAGCUCUAUCUGGUGCUGCUGCCUCCUGUGAUGCACUUGGGCCUACACUCUCCACUGAGCCAGGUAUGCAUGGGGACCAAAGGUUGGUUCAUUGGACCUGGGACCCUAGGGGGGACUUGGGGCUGAGCCUGCCUAGGGCUGUUUUCCCUGUGGAAAUUCUGGAAAAAAGUGGGAAGGGGUUACAGUCACACUUCAGGUAGAAAUUAAUGGGCUAUGUUCCUUUCUAGUGUAAUUUUACUUUGAAGCCACUGGUACUAUACUAAUGUGAGGUUGACUUAGCAGCUCCUCAGAGGGGUCUGUCCUUGAGUCCAGAAAACAUGAUCUGUCACAGUGUUGCUUUCAUGCAUAGAUUUUGUGUUGGGACUUGGCCAACAUGAAUGAAUGUUGAAUAUCUGUAGUUUCUACAAGCAGUGGGUUGAAUUGUUCUGCUCUACUGCCUCUAUCACAGCUGCUCUGCCAAGGGGAACAUUAUGGCCAUGGAUGUGAUCUUGUCAACUCCCUCAAAAGCAAGCUAACAAGCAAAUUGACCUCCAUAGCACCUCUACAGCACUGGGAGUGGAGCCUUCUCCCACAGGACAAUAGCCUUUCUGCCUCUAAGAUAAAAGAGGUCUCAAGGACAGAACUGAACCUGCAAGACCCAUGGCCUCAUGGUCUGCCCUUCUUCCUUCCCUCCUUACCUCAUGUCUGUCUUGGGGGAGGGACAGUUUCCCUGUGGAGUUCAACAAGCUCCUCUUCUGCAGCUCAUAAACAGGCUCUACUAACAGGUAUAUCAUCCACCUAUGCAACUCUUCCAGAAGCUGCCAGAUUUUCAGGAGCCCAUUACAAUGUGCAGCAUGGCCAUCCAGCACUGAAAAUAAGCACAGUGGCUGCUGGAAAGCUAAGUGGGUUUUAUUCCUCCCCCAUUCCCCAGGAAUUUUUUUUGUUGGGCCAUUUUGUUUGUUCGUUUGUUUGGUUUUUGUAAACUUUGUUUGGGGGAAAUGAAGCUUGUGAGAAAUUGGUGCCCAUCCUGAACUAUCUUCCCCAGUCCUUGGAACUCUGUGAAUGGAUGGAUCACCUACUGUGAUUAUAAUUUAGUGGAUUUUGUAGAACAAAGUAACUUCACCCACAGAUGCAUGAGGUUCUUUCACUCUCCAUCAGCACAAGCUGCUUCUGCAAUCUGAGCUACUCACAUUAGUGAAAGAAAAAGCCUAGUUAGAAUGUGGUGAGAUGAUGUAGUACUUUGUAUCAGUCCCAUGGUCCCAAUGUCCAUUAGCAGCGCUGUCAGCUGCUGUGACAUGAAUUCAGACUUUGGAUGGCAGCCCAUGAACCAGUCAGGGUGAAAGUUUGAAAAAUCCCAAGCCUGAGUCUAUGCACAUUUCCAGAAGCAGAUGCAGAGGCAGGAUCAGCUGAAAGCAGGCAUCACCUGCUUGGCCCUGGCAGAAGCCAGUGGGCUCUGUUUGUGCUGCACCUGGCCCCCAGGAAGAGCCUGUCCCCAGGGGCUGAGCAGAGGGGAGCGAGAGUAGCGCUGUGUCUGAUGGAGCAGCACUGCUCAGCUGACUGGGGAAACAGCAGUGACAACUAGACCCCAAAAAACAGGAUUUCACUUUGGAAAUGCCAAUGGCUUUUUCAAACUGAAAUACAACUAGAAGGCCUUAACAGCUGUGAGAAGUAUUUCACAUUGCUCUGCCUUGCUUAAAAAAAGAUAAAAAAUUGACAAAGAUGUGGGUUUAAACUCUCCACUCCUUCCAUCUCUGUUGUUAAUGUGCCAUGCUGGUGGAGAAGGAAUGCCCAAGGCAGAUCAGGAUGGUUGCCCUUUGGCUUUGCAGUGUGGGGUAGGUUGAUCAGGAAUAGAGGCCAGAGUUUAAAAUCUUUCUCUGCCCCUGGAAGUGUGACAUAGCCAUCCACCCAGAUGUGGCAGGGUGGGGUUCUGCAUGCUCAUGCACAGCUGGAAUAUGUGGCCUUGUGGAGGGUUGAUGUGUUUGUGGCUUUUGAUGUGGUGACACCCAUCCACCUUUGCAGCAAGGGCUUUUCAGGGUGACAGAACAUUGCUUUUUCGUCAUGAGAGGAAACUCCUGACCUGGUUUCUGUGAGGAGAUGGUGUGAAGUGUCACAUUUGCUGCAGUGAGUGGCAGGGAGCAGGGAUAAAAGCAUGGAGCAAGCUGUGUUUGAGAACAAGCUAAUCCAUAAACUGGAGAGCUGCCAGAUCUGCUCCCUGGACAAAGCUUUCCAGCUCUUCUCACUCUUCCCAAACCCAAUGUGCAAACUGUCAUUCCUCUGAGUUAGCCAAAGCAUUCCCCUCCCCUGAACUCAGCAGAGGCUGUACAUUUACAUCAUUUUGGUCCCCUCCAUGCUGGGCGCCAUGGGCCAGCUAUGAAAUACCAGCAGAUGCAUGAUGACCACAGGCAUGCUGGUGGCCAGACCUCACCAUAUCUUGCCUGUGCACAGCCUUCCAGCAGUGCUCCCUGCCCUUGCUGCAGAGCAACCACAGCACAUCCUGGCAUCACUUUGGCAUCACUUUGUGCUUUCCCUGAGAAUUUCACAGCACUUGUCCUAAGUUAGAAAACAGAAGACCUUGGUGUUUUGCUGGUCCUGGUGUCCAGACUAGGGAGGAGAGGAGAGGUCAGCUGUUGUGGCAGUGGAAGACUGGGGCACAGCAUCAUGGCGAAUGCAGCAUAUCUUGCUGAAGAAGUCUCCAAAUAUGGGCUCUGCUUCUCAGCUGAGGCUGAGGGCAGCUGACAGAGGACAGAAUAGGAUGUGAAUGCUCAAGCAUUGGGAGGAAGAGAGCUGGUUGAGAAUAGCUGUAAAAGGCUUUGCAAAGGUGGUGGUUUUUACAGGAGACAAGGCAAAAUGGGGCAGGAGGAUGUGGUGCUGGAGCAAUGGUGCUGCAAGGCAGGGAGAGUGGGGGAAAAAUGGAGCAGGGCAUUUGAUAGAAAGGCUUGGGAUUAGAGUGGGCUUUCAAAGCAAUCUGUGCAUGCUCUGGCUGAGGAGAAAGGCAGGAGGUAUUCCUAAGCUGAGGUGCCCAGGCCAUGUCUCACUGCAUUGUUGGAGCAGCAAUGUUGCCUCCAAGCCCAGCACUGACAGCUUGAGCACGUGUCAUCAACCACAAUGGCUAAUGCAGCCACAAGGUGUAAAUGUCACUAAUGAAUAAAUUGCCUUGUGCCUUGGAGAGGCUAAUCCAUCACAGCCAGAGACAGGGAUCUGACAAGCCUGGCUAUUUCAGGCAUACCCUGUAGGGAGGAGGAAUGCUUAAUUUCUGAGCCAUCCCCUCCACCUAGAGAAGCUGAUGCAGGGCUUGGCUCUAUGCCACUUCCCAUCUUCCCAACCACAUGAGCUCAGGCUUCAUCCCUCUUCACUGCAACUGAAGAAGCAUGGAAGGAUCUAGAUUAGCCAAAAGUGCCCUGUCAGUGGGGUGGUACAUGGGGCUAGCUGCUGAUUGAGUUUGGAGGGAAGCUGAUGGACACAUGGCACAGAUGCUGUAGGGGUGAUGGAAUGCAGUGGUGGGUGCCCAGUGAUUGGGAGAGCUUGUGUUAGUUGUUGGGGUGUGUUUCAGGCCAGGAAUGCUUGGCACUAUGUUUUAGAUGUGUGCUGUUUCCUCCUCAGCCCACUUUGCUGUCCCAGAGGUAGUGCACAGGACCCCCCUGUGCUGUUGAACCCCAGCCACCAACACCUUGGCUGACUGUGCAGAGGGCCAGCAGACACCAAAUGGGCAGGGACAGCUCAGCCCAGACAAAUCCAGCUCCAUGGGAGCAAAGGGAGGCAGAAUACAGCAACCAUUUCUGUGUACAGUCUCUGCUCCAUCCUUGUGGCAGCCUGUUCCUCCUCCCCAAUUCGCUGCUCAAAAUUAACCUGCCAUUGUAUUUGUGGCAUAUGCCAGUGUGACACCUUGCAAAUCGAUGCCUGGGUCUCUGUGAACAGAAACCGCCAGGCUUGGGAAGCUGGCCACUGUCUCCUGCUGCCAUGUGUGCUCUGCUCAGAGCAGCGGAAGCUGGGCUCACCAUCUGCUGUGGGAGGGAGCCAGCUGGGUGCCCCUGCUCCAGCCUGAUGGGAUACCUGCUCGCACAGCCCAAGUGCAUUCCCCCUCAUGUUAUUCCCCCUUGUUUACCUGCCAGCCACCCCUUUUCUCUCACCAUCUCUCUGGCACAGACCCAUGGGUGAGGGGAUGCUCCCGGCUUGAUUCUGCUGAAUGCUGCUGAUGCUGUGUUGGUGGGUGGUGGCAGUGCCCAAGCUCAUUCCCUCCUCCAGAGAGAGGCCCACAGAUGAUCCCCCCCCCACUCAAAGCCUGCCAGUAUCUUGGAGAUAGAUCUCAUGUGAGAGUUAAGGUAUCUAUGCUAGCCCUGCACUCAGUACAGAGUGAUCAGCUAGUUACCUACCCUGUGGUAGCUGGACCUGGAGCUGACAAGUAACCCACCAACAGCAGGAAUGUUCACACUCCAACAGUCUGCUGUCGCUGUUGCUGUCUGGCCAGAGUGCGUGACAUUUGAAAUGGUUUCAACCCUUGCAGACUGUUGGUUUUGGGUGUUGGCAAGUGGUGCAGGCUUCUUGGUUUGGACUUUGCCUUUUGGCCAAGAGAUUGAUAGGAGAGAGGGCAAAGAGUUCUCCAGGCAACAGCUACAUGUCCAGGCAUUGCUGCGCAUGGCAGCCCAGGAGUGGGUUUGAAGGGUGCUUAAGUGAUGUUAACAAUCUCAACAGUUAGCAGGAAAAUGAGCAGUGAAUAUCCUGGAAAGCAAGUCAGAAGUUUUUCUGAUGAUGAUGUUUUCCCAAGCCCUUUUCUUUCCAUCCCUUGUCCUUACUGGCUCUGGUGGCCAGUUCCUCAUGUGUCUGCUAGCAUGUCUGCAGGAUCUCAUCACUGCCCACUAAGCAUGAGCUUUCAUUGCACAAGUGGCUGACCAGCUGCAGCCCUGUCCUUGGAGCUACAGGCUGGCUUGCUUAAGACCAGGCCAUCCCCAUUAAACCCCCACCCUCGCUGCUGGAGCUGUUGCUUCAUCAGCCUGAUGCUGAUCUGGGUCUUUUCUGCUGUUUCUGAACAUGAGUUCUCAUCUCAUUGAGGUGUGUCAUCCAGUGAAAAUAUUUUGUAAAUGCAAAUAAAAAUAAAUAAGUAUAUUCAAUACCUCGGUCUCGAGGAUGGGAAACAAGUAGUGGAAGAUGCCCUGGUAGGGAGGUUUCACAGCUGGUACUGCUGGUUAGGAAUUGUUCUGGAUGUAGCCCCUGUAGCAUCCAUCAAUAUUUGGGAAGGGAGCUACACAAACCUGUGAGGGCUGAACCCUGUCAGCAUCCCUUGUGUGGCCCAUGCUGUCAGGGCAGCCUCACACUCCAUCCUUUCUGAUCUAUAUGGGCAUGAAAUGGUGCAGGUAAAGGUCCUGUCGGCCAGGGGCCAGUGGCACCAUCAGUGUCUGUAUCCAUCAGACAGGGCAAGGCAGAAGCGGGUACAUGGUGAAUAAAUUCUUUUGUGAACACUGGGAAACGGUUUUUACUUUUCAACUCUGUCAAUAUGAUCUAGCUCUGUCUGUCUCUCUAUAUAUGUACAAACAGUAUAUCACAAUGUUGCCUUUUUUGUUGGAAAUAUCAAAGAUUGUAAACCAAAUCAGUGUAAUAAAAGUUUCAGAUGAUUCACUGA